AUGGAGGCUUUCUUCAAACAUUUUCUUUUCAUCAAGGAAGCAAGCGGAAGGCCAAUCGGCAGCAACUUUCUGCUAGAAGCUAUGUGGGUCAACCAGAAGUGCCGGUACUUUGAAGCGAACGAUGCGCGUUCAUUUAAACACGUGCUUAGCGCUCUCGAACUCAACAACUGGCCCUACGAGAACUUCCGUCUAGAUUCGUUGACGCCGGUCGCUACCGCAGACAGAUAUUUAAUGCUACACUCACUCUUUCAGAUAGUUGUACUUAAAAGUAACAACGUCGAUCGUGGCGUUGAUAUUCUGUUGCGGGCGCCCAAGACGCUUUUCAGGCGCUUCGUGACCAAAAAUACUUCACCCCCUGAGACUAGUUAUACGAGUCUUGUGCACAGAGCUCUUAGUUUAUGGUCGUCGGGAGGACUGGCGGCCAGGAUAUCUAAAGACAUCUUGAAACUUGAAAAGUCGUUGGAGGACAUGAUGCUUUUUCGGAAAGACCAAGCUAACUUUGCACCCGACAAAACUGUCACUACCGUCGGCGCCUUGCCCCACCAGGCAAGCUGGGACUGGUCGGUUUACUUUAACAAGCUGAGCGGUAGAAACACCACAAAAAAGUCGACUAGGAUCAUCGUCGAAGAUCCGGUCUUCUUUAAUAACUUCGGGAAACUUUUUGACAACGGUUUCAACACAGCAAUUGCAAACUACGUCGGUCUCAGGGCUCUGAUACUUUUCUCCCCAAUAUUGGGCGAUAAGUAUGAAUUUCUUACGCCCCUUAACUACGAUAAUCAGGUACCACAGGUAAAUCCACGACAUUUCGCUUGCAACGUCUUGCUCGAAAAACUUUACAAGUACGGCAUCGGAAUCUCGGCAAAACUCACUCUGAGCAAAGAGUUCGCCACGAUCUACCGAACGCAUCUCGACCAACAGUUUGCUUCUGUUUUCAGCACGACCCAAGAUGUUCUCUCAAACCUUAUUUUAACGCAGCAGUCGUGGCUGACCGGCGAAGACGCCGCAAUUGCACUCCGAAAAAUCAAGAACAUGACUCUGGUCUUUGGCACACAGGCCAACUUCCUGCAAUACGAACGCUACCGCAGAACGUAUCCCGUAGACGUGGAAUUCAAGGAAACUCUUCUCGUGAAAACUGUCUUCAAGCUACUCUCGCACGCUUCAUCUAUCUACUGGGCAAUCGAAGACACCGGAAGUCCAAUGUACGACAACCUGUACAGUACGUCGACAUUACAACCUGGCUUCGAAUACCAGAGUACCAACAACCUUCUAUUCGUCUCGCACGCCACUGUGGGCUUCUUGAAUGGCGUCUCAAAUAUAAUUCACUUUUUAACCUAUCCGGCAGUCGCAAGCCACCUAGUGAGGGGCGUCAUCAAAGCCCUGCUGGGGAACAACCUUCUAUGGAGUGGCCAGGAACACUUAUGGAGCUGUGGAACCACGAUGGCAUACCAGAGGAUUACCGAUUGUCUGGAACGGCGAUACGAUAACCAGCACGCGAGUCUGCACGACAAGGUCUUCUCGUCGGAUAAGCGUGAACAGGAUCUUGAGGACAACCUGGUUCUGCGCCCGCUGUUUGAGUUGUACAAGAAGGCAGCGAAGAGCAAGCGAAUGGAAAACAUGUUUCUUCGCACUCACUGGCCGUUGCAGCUCAACAAGACUGUCAACGAGCUUUUCUUCUACAACUACGCAGCUGCCUUCUGCGAAGACAGCAGCGUCAUUCAAAGGCUCGCCAAGGAAGACUUGCUCGUGACUCCUUCGAACUGGCGUGUCAACGUUCCUUUGCAGAAUUUUAAGCCAUUCGCCGAAACCUUUCGGUGCUUGCCAGGAACGCGGAUGAAUCCAAGUUCUCGGUGCGCGAUGUGGGCUUCUCCGGCACUGGCUAACGGUUCUCGGCACAAUCAGAAAUCGGCAAUAGGAACUGACCACCCGCGAAUCGACAAUCGCGUCCACAGUCGGAAGUUGUGA